GAGGAGGAUUUCACAUUUCUGCUGACUCCUGAUCUCAGAUCCACAGCUUGACCAGGAGCAGACAGACAGCUGGUCGGUCCCCCCCUGACUGAAGACUUUGUCCGCAAUUGCGGGAUCUGGGGUUUUGAGCAAGGUUGUACCGGGAUAGAAAAAAAAACGCAUUUUUGAGCACUUCGGUUCCCGUCUACACGGCAGUCUCUCACAUCAGAGGAGGGAAGAGAAAAACAACGUUUUGUAGUUGAUUGGGCGUUCUGGACGCGCUCGCUAAACGGUGAUGCUACGGCGGCCCGCGGGGACCAUUCAGGGAAGAGACAGGUGAGGUGCGGCUGAGGAGCUGCUGUGUUUUCACUGAGGCUUUGGAUACCGAGAGCCGUGCGAUCCAUCAGACCCCGGUUUGUCCACUGAGAGGGACACGAGCGACCGGAGAGGGCGAGCUGGCGACUGGCACCUGCCUUCGCCUCCCUACCUGACCAUCUGGUGCGUACAUGUGUGUUGCUGCCAUGGCGACUGUGGCUCCUCCCCUCACAUUUCUCCUCCUGCUGCUUCAGCUGGCUGAUGGCUCAUUCCCAGAGGAACCCAGUCCACUCAGCUACGUCCCCAUUGAGGUUGUGCGGCGGUAUCCAGUCUUCCUGGGCAGAGCUCACCGUUCAGCUCAGAGACAGGAGCUGCACAUCCAGACGGUCCUCCAAGUCAAUCGCACGCUCUACAUAGGAGCCAGAGAUGAUUUAUACAGAGUGGAGCUUGAUAAUAUGGCAGGUGAAGAGAUGUUCUUCAGUAAGAAACGGACGUGGGAAUCCAACAAGAAUGAUAUCCGAGUGUGCAGGAUGAAGGGCAAACAUGAGGGAGAGUGCCGUAAUUUCAUCAAGGUUCUUCUCAGUCAGCCGGAUGGCCUGUUUGUAUGCGGAACAAACGCAUUCAACCCGCUGUGUGCCAACUACACUAGAGACACUCUUGAGUUGGUGGGUGAGCCUGUGAGUGGGAUGGCACGAUGCCCGUAUGAUCCACGACAUGCCAAUGUGGCUUUAUUUGCAGAUGGAAGUCUCUUUACGGGCACUGUGACAGACUUCCUAGCCAUCGAUGCGGUGAUCUAUCGCAGCCUCGGUGACGGCCCCGCCCUCCGCACUGUCAAACAUGACUCCAAAUGGUUCAGAGAGCCUUACUUUGUCAGCUCUAUGGAGUGGGGGCCUCAUAUUUACUUCUUCUUCAGAGAGAUGGCCAUGGAGUUUCACCAUUUAGAGAAGGUCAUGGUGUCCCGUGUGGCUCGGGUGUGUAAGGCAGACCUCGGUGGGUCUCAGCGCGUCCUGGAGAAACAGUGGACCACAUUCCUGAAGGCCCGUCUAAACUGCUCCGUCCCUGGAGAUUCCCACUUUUACUUCAACCUCUUACAUGCCACCAGUGACAUCAUCCACAUGCAGGGGCGAGAUGUCAUCCUGGGUCUCUUUUCGACACCACCAAACAGCAUCCCUGGCUCUGCGGUGUGCGUGUUUGACAUGCAGCAGCUUGCUCGUGUAUUUGAAGGCCGGUUUAAAGAGCAGAAAUCCCCUGAGUCUAUUUGGACUCCUGUGCCGGACGAAGCAGUGCCUAAGCCCAGACCAGGAGGAUGUGCAGUGCAGGGCUCCAGAUUUAGCUCUUCUACCACACUGCCAGAUGAGGUGCUGAACUUUGUGAAGACUCACCCGCUGAUGGAUGAGACUGUUCCACUGAUGGGACAUAGACCCUGGGUGGUCAAGACUAUGGGAAGGUACCAGUUAACGGCCAUGGUGGUGGACACAGAAGCCGGUCCACAUAAGAACCGUACAGUUCUGUUCCUGGGCUCCACCAGAGGAACAAUCCUCAAGUUUCUGAUGAUUCCCACUGGAGACUCAGUCUCCCACAGCAGUGUGUUUCUUGAGGAGGUGGAAGGAUUCAACCCAGAGAAGUGUGGCGAAGACUCACCUCAGGCCCGUCAGCUCCUUUCUCUGUCGUUGGACCGAACCAGUCACACUCUGCUUCUGGCCUUCCCCUCCUGUCUGGUCCGAGUGCCCACGUCUCGCUGCCACCUUCACUCACGCUGCAUGAAGAGUUGUUUAGCCUCCAGAGACCCGUACUGUGGCUGGACCAGAGGCGGCACCUGCUCCUUUCUGAGACCAGGCACACGGUUGCCUUUUCAACAAGAUGUGGAAUAUGGAAACGCCUCCUCCCAUCUAGGAGACUGUGAUGGAAUCCUGCAGCAGAGUUUGCUCAUAGAACCGGAGAGCUUGGUCUCCCUUAACCUGCUUGUGGCAUCUGCAGUCUCUGCAUUCACCAUCGGGGCAGCCCUCUCCGGCCUCGCCGUCUGCUGGAUCAUGGCUCACAAACCAAGCAACCGCCGACACGGCACCACCUCCCAGUCUGCCAUCCAGCGGCGUGAAAGAGGCCUGCUUAGUAGCGGCGCUGGGAUGGGAGGCUCUGUACUUAGUGUGACAAGACAAGGAGGUGGGGAGCGUCCCUGCACCCAGGGAGGAGAAACCCUGUUUGUCAUGCCCAAUGGCUGGGUGAAGUCAGGAGAGCUUGACCCAGGUUUCCUGCCCACACCAGAGCACACACCACAGCAGAAACGCAGAGGAUUGCGCCUGUCUGACUCCAACUCAGGAGGGUGGGACACCAGCCAGACGUACCUGGGUGGAGGCUCAGUGGGUCUGGGUUCCCCUUGUCGCAUGCCCCCUUCUGUCUACCUGACUACCAGACUCUUCCAGCAGGGGGGAGGCGGGAGACACGACCGUGAAGGACGAGGGAACGACACGCCACGCCAGCACUACGUCUGUCUAAGCAAGCAAGAAAAAGGAUUGAAGGGGACACCCAAAGCCCCUCUCAGGAAGUCUGCAGGAGAGUAUGUGUACCCCAUGACUCCACAGGACUCGCCUGAGCGCCGGAGGGUGGUCUCAGCCCCCAGCGCCCCUGUGGAGUACGGCGAGCCGCUGCCUUUGCGCUGGCCGGCCCCUGAAGGAUACAUCCUGAGCAGCCAUGGCAUGGUCCCUGUCCCUCUGCCACCACCCUCCAUGCCGCCUCCCAGCAGCCAGGCCUACAUGUCCCAGCAGCACACCCCCGGGCUAAGCCGGGCUCUUCUUAGAGGGGCUCUGGAGCGAGGGGAGCUGGGCGAGCUGGUGGAUCUGAGCCAGCUGAUGAGCAAGAAGAACUGCAGUGACAGGACUCAGAACGGCCAGUGACUGCUGAGGAAAUAAAGAAAAUGUUCAGAACUCUGUUUUUGUUUACACAGAUCUUUCUUUUCCUCCUCAUUCUGUCCAUCCUCCUCUCCCUCUAUCUCUGCCUUUCUCUUUUUCUGACAUCUUUAUUUGUCAUUCAGCUCUCCUGCUCUCCUCUGUCUAUCUCUCAGGCAACCCCCCCACCUUCCCCUUCUCCACCCAUGAUGAGUCUCUCUUAUGACUGGCUGCUGGGUCUGCCACUCAUAUCCUGGCUCACGCUAAUUGGUCGGGUGGACCGAGGUUGUUGCUGUGUCUGCAUUGCAGAGUUGCCUCUCUCUCCUGCUACUGAGCGGCUUUAGGAAGAGGGAGGAGAGAGGAUGAGGAGAAAAGAAAGACAGAAAAAACAAAAGAAAGACAGCAGAGCAGAGGUUUCUUUGAGGAUGUGGACAGAGACAAAGAUGGACAUAGCACUUAAAAGCUGCCUCCUCUGCGCAAAUUAACUGAGGCUGCAGGAGUGGAAUGCUUUCUCCCUCUUGGAUCCCAUUAACAAGACUGUCACCCAUCUGUUCUCCUCUAUAGUACCUGUUGGUGUGGCUGCCAACUAGGUACUUUGGGUGAAAUUGCGAAAUCCAAACAGCAUUCAAGUACCUGAAGCUGGAGGUGACUCAUUGGACAAUAAACCGACUGUAAAAACCACUUUAAAGGAUGACGUACAAACGUACGAACACUCUCUCUAUCUACUUCCCUCCUCUCUUCACACAGCAGAUGCUAAUGUGUUUUUGUACAGGUGUCAGAGGGUAUUUAGUAUUCUGUGUACACCAGAAGUGGGAGGUGCGUGUGCUAAAAUGCCUCUAACCUUGUCUCAUAGGGAUAUGGGACCAUAACUCACGUCUUUCUGGAGCAGAGUGCAGGACUGAAAUGUCAGCACUAUUUCUGCCAACCGCAUGCUCUCUGUUCGUUUGCCUUCAAAUACGCCAUGUACUUUUUAAUGACCAAUAAUUCCAUGUGGACGUCUGGGGGGAUUGCGCCAGAAAACCUACUACAAAAUAAGAGCGUGACUGAAAGAAAGAGAAAAAAGAAAGAGAGAGAGAAAGGUGGUCAAGAGAAUGUAACAAACACUCACUGCAAUAUAUGAACACCCUGUCCUUCACUGUCACCUGAGGGUUUUUCCACACAUCCACACACAUUCAUUAAUGCUCCAUUAUAGUACGCAGUCCAGGUUUAUUGGGCAAAACUUCCCCCGAAGCCCGUAGUGGGUCAAGGUCCUGCAGACGUGAUACAGAGCAAAGUGACGGUUACUGUGGUGAUGAUUGAAAUCCAGGGCUUAACUCAGAGCCAAUAGGGGUAAUGGAAAUGUUCCCAGCAGGCAAAUGGGACCGUAUAUUCAGUCCAUCAAAGUGUCACAGCACCGGACACGUAUAGAUCAACACAACAUGGUAUGAGUGUGUUAGCGGGAAGAUGGAGGUUGUAAAAAAGAGACAAGAUAAAGAAGCAAAAAGCGAGCAUGAGCCGAGAUAAAAUGACAUGCACCAACAACAGUUUGAAUUUGAUAUUUACUGAAGCCGUUUUCACAUAUGCGCUCCUGUCAAUUCCAGGAAUAUUUCAGGCAGGCUGCUAUGAAUCCUCCAAAGUUGUUUGUUGAUAUCUGCAUCUCACAGCAUGAAGUUUUCCCUGUUGGAUAGGAGUAAAGCAGGACUUGACGUAAAAAGCAGGAAAUGUAGGAUGAAGCAACAAAGUCCAACACUACGAUGAAAAAUUCUUACUCAAAAUCAGUGCUAAAUGUAAUUCAUCAUAUUCCCCUACAAGAAAAAGAGUGAGGAAGAGAUAAAAUAGUAAACAUUUUAUAUGCAUAGAAAUCAUACCGGUCCCAGGUGAAUAAAAGUGUCACUCCCUCCAAAUAACUUGUAUUAAAUUUCUUUGAAUGUCCACGACAGUCUGGCUGCAGACCACUCAUCUCUGACGGCCACUUUCACAGACCAUUCAUUAGCUAAAGCUCAUGUUUCUAAAGCAAACUUAGCCUCAAUGGCUUAUAGUGUUGUUAAUUACAUAGCUAGCAUAGCUAUUUUAGCUUUAGCUAAAACUAACAAGCUAAAGCAUCCCACUGUUAGUGUAGCUAUAUUUAAAAAGGGUCUAUACAUCAUUUAAUCCUGCAUUAGACCUCUCACCUUUUCCUUUAUUUAUUUAUGAAAUGUUUCUUAGUCUGUAAUGUUUGCAGUGAAGUUAUGUAACUGACAGCACUUCUUUUCCAAGAUAAACGGUGUUUCAGAUGAACGAUCUGCGGCCAGACCCCUCUCUGAAUGUUACCUACCUUGUUCCCUUAACCACUUACAUUUAAUGAUAGUUAGCAGCUAGUGUGUUGAGUUCACUCCAGAGUAGAACAUGGCCACUGUCAUUAUGUUUCAGUGCUUUAAUUGGCCGGCUAUGAAUGUGACAAACAGAGUGUUUGUCCAAUCACUCUCCUGUAUUGUUUUUGUUGUUGUUGUUGUUGUUGUUUCUUCUUUUUUAAAGGUUCUACCCUUCCCAAACACAGACCAUGGGCAGUUGCCUUCAUGGAUGUGAAACAUAUCCCAUGCACUAGAUUUGUGAAUCAGUCUAUCUGGCAUCCUUCUCUUAUUUGCUCAUCCCAGUUUAACGUGGAGUUUUACCCGAGGGCCGGCAGGACAAAUUUCAGAAAGUGAGGAUGCAAAUUCAGCUGUUUGCAUGGAGUGCAUGUGUGAAAACGUCCCAACUAUCCCACUCACAAGUCGACAGACGAAUGAACUACGUGCUGAUCUUGCAGCAAUAUACUGUUUAACUGUACAUAGUAAUAAUUUAAAUUAAAUAAUAAUGUAACUCCAUAAAGUGACAUCAGGCACUAGCUUACAAACUAGGUGACUUUAAAUGAAUAAAAAUCUGUUUUUACAUUUUAUUUUUCUUUAUCAGCCUGCUCCAAUAUUACAAUUGGCAAAACACCUUAGUAUAAACAGUGCCCUUUUUUUUUAACUUGCCAAAACCAGGUAAUGAAUGAUCAACAGAUGCCUGAAGCAAAAACACAAAAAGAAACUUGUUUCUAAGUGCCAUGAGGAUCGUAUCAGUCCACGGUGUUGGGAGAUCUCACUUAUUGCAGUAUAUUUGUGAUAUGUUUGCCUUUGACAGUACAUGCUGAAUGUUUAAUUUGUAAUUUCUAUGUGAGCUUGUGUCACUGAAAUCAUUUCACCAGCUCCCUCUGUCAGCUGAAUGUUUUUUAAGUGUUUGAAGGUCUGUAUAAGAGCUGCUGUGACUCAUCAUGAUGCCACGUGUGUUUACUGUAAAUAUGUAAAGAUGAAUACCUGCGCCUCAUCAUGACCUUUAUGACUAUAAUGUAAUGUUUUCACUGAUGCCAUGAACUGUCGAUUCCAGGACAGUGGAUAUGCAAGGAGAACGAUUUGUAAGCGGUUCAGAAACAAACUUUGAAAAGGACUAAAUGAGAGAGGGAACAGUGUGUCUCAUUUUGUGUACUGAUUCUGGACUUUUUGUGUUGUUCUUGGAUAGAGCUGCAGCACUUAGUCAAAAAAAAAUCUACUUGAAAAAAAAUGUUAUUAUCAUUGUGAUAUCAAAGCAUUAGUUUGGUGAUUUUUAACUAGAAAGGUGGAGCAUUUCAGUCCAGCUUGUGAAAAAGAGGAUUUGCUGCUUUUGUGAUUUGGUUGUAAAAAAGUUUCAAGUCUUCAUUACGCAAAUUGGAAAUUGAUCCAUAAAUGCACCACAUAUGUAGGAAAAGGACUGACAGCUAUGUUUACCAAGUAAUGGAUUCACAGACCAUUCAAAAGU